AUGUUUGAGGAAGGUUUGCAGGGCCUCUGCACCGGCCGAAGACUUUCAGCUGGGUUUCUCACGCUGAUAAAUGGCUCCGAAACGAUGGUUAACGAUUCCGUGGUUAACUCUGCCACGAUGGUUUUCACUUGCAGUGCGAAUUCUUCAAAUGAGUACGCCGCUCUGGCGUAUGCGCUCAAAACGUACCCCCAAAAGGUGCUCAACGCUGAAGUUUCCAGCAUUCUGAAACAGAAAGAUCCUUUCAUUUCAGGCGCUUUGAUGACAGCUUUUAUCUUGUGCAGUAUUUGCGUUGGCACCUGGAUGUUGUUGCUGGUGCUUUUGUUGCUGCCUUCCAAUAACCACAACCAUCGCCGGAAACUCGUUUACGUCAGCAUCCUGUACCAGGCGAUAUGGAACACGGUUGUUCUUACCAAAUCCGUUAAUAUGGAAUUUGAAAAAAUGUACGCUUCGAACUACCAAAGCCGAGAAGAGUAUUCUCAAGUUAUUACAAACAGCUACGCGUUCGCUAUUCUGCGGCUUUUUGCGCUUCUGGCAAGCGACUUAAAUUGGCUGGACAUUGUAUACUACAUGUUCCAUUACUACAAUGAACGCGAAAAACGCAGUCGAAUAUUCAGCAUUUUGAAAAGCAGGAACAAACAGUUAAUCUUGGGAGGCUUUUUCAUCUGUUUCGUUCGUUGUCUUUUGGUUGCGCAGCGUAUUUGGCUCAAAUCGAAGAUCAAUGCCGAACUUUUGAUAGCAGUUACAGUGUUCUCGCUGGUCGUGGACCUUGCUUUUGCGCUAUGUCUGAUUUAUUAUGUGUGGCACGACUUUAGAUUCAUUUUAAUUCCAAGCCGCGUCGAGGAGCAUUUAACCUGGAAGAAAGUGUUAUGGCAUAUUUGGGAAGAUUACCACGAAACUAUACCACUUUUGGUUUACAACGCGAUCGUUAUGAUACUUCUCUGCAUGUGCACUAUUGUGGAAGUUUGCAUAUCGUCCCUUGUCACGAAUUGGAUGAUUGACCUCAUUCUGUUCAUGCGGGUUCUCGUCACGGUCAACACUUGGGGCCUUAUAGGCGUAUUAGAGAGACGUGAGCGCACUCUAAGCAAAGAAACGGUUUUAGGGCGCAAAAUCAACAAUCGAAAUCGACUAUUUGCCGACCCAUCGGUUAAAUGUUACGAAGAUGCUGACGAUGGCCACGCUAAGAGCCCUCCAAAUGUCCCUGCGCAAUCAGCCGUAGACGAGAGUGCGUGUGUGAAUGCGAAAAGUCCUUUGCAGAUGCCGUCUCGUGCCUGGCUAUCUCGUCUUAAAGUGAGACGAAAGACAAAAGGGAACCAAAUGCAAGAUCGACGUAGUGCCUUUGACAGGUCGGUUAGCCAUGUGGGGGGCAUUUUGGAAACACCCAAAGAGACUGAAUUCGAUAACCACGAGGAAAAUCAUUUGAUGGACAAUGACUCCGUGGAAACAGUUUUGACUAGAAAUUUUAUAUUUGACCAUGACAAAGUUUAA